CUCCGAUCAGUAGAUAGAGAAAGACAGAUCCAACAAAAAAAAAAAAAACUCAACUUUGAUUUUCAUCAUUUAAACAAAAGAAAUGGCUUUCUCUUUUCUCAAAACAUUUCUCAUCAUCAUCUUCAUCUUCAUCUCUCUCUCGUUUCCUUGUCUCUCUUCUUCUCCGACCAUUUCUUCCUUCCAACAGCUUUCGCCGGAGAUCGCCCCUCUCCUCCCUUCCCCCGGAGACGCUAUACCUUCAGACGACGGCAGCGGCACAAUCCCAUCUUCACCAAGCCCUCCUGAUCCCGACACUAACGACGGCUCCUACCCUGACCCGUUGGCCUUUGCUCCCUUCGCUUCACCACCGGUUUCUUCUCCUUCUCCGCCGUCUCAUCCUCCCGCCGGAGUAUUACUCCUCACCGUUAUCUUCUCCUCCACCUCGCUCCGGCUUCGUGGCGUAAUAACACUACUGUAGUUCACUUCGCUUAUACAUCAACGGACGUUUUGGUUUUCACGUGUUUGUCCAAAUGUAUAUCAUUUCCUCAAUAAAUAUAUAUUAACAUU